AUUGGCUCUCGAGAAUUUGUGAGCCAAAACCCAAAACCCUUGAUAAUUUGUCCUUCAUCUUCCUCAUUCCCCUAUUUCAUCAAAGGAAGGUAGUUUCUCUUCCCACAACCCAGAAAUGACAAUCCACUCAGUGGUAAUCCAAAAACUCCUAACAACAAAUGCCCAUUUGGGUCGUCGAAUCACUUCACACCAUUUCAAACCCUUCAUCUAUGGCUCUCGUAACGGAACCUCCAUUAUCGAUUCCGACAAAACCCUAAUUUCCCUUCGUAAUGCUCUCGAUUUCAUGUCUCACCUCAUUCGUGCCAAAUCUCGCUUCCUUUUUGUCAAUACUAAUCCUCUUUACGAUGACAUUUUCGACCAUAUGACUCGCAAAAUUGGCCAUGGUUCCUUUCUUUCUCCUUAUUCUCAGUACUGGCGUCUUAGUGGGUUUUUGACUAAUUCUGCUAGCCCUAAAAAGUUUCGAUCCAGGAAUAAGAAGAUUUGUUUUGCACCUGCUCAACCUCCUGAUUGUGUUGUUGUUUUGGAUUUUGAGAGGAAAAGUUCUGUUAUUAAUGAAGCUACUAAGCUUCAGAUUCCUAUUGUUGGGUUUGUUGAAUCCGAUGUAUCAAGGGAGGUUUUUAAUAAGAUUACGUACCCAAUUCCGUGUAAUGAUUCUGUUCAGUUUGUUUAUACUGUUUGUAAUCUGAUUACUAAGACUUUUCUGUAUGAACAAAAAAAUUCAAAGCUGGGUGAUGUGCAUAUUGAUGCUAAUGUUUUUGCUGAUGCAAUUGGUAAUACCGAUGCUGAUACUAAUGCUGAUGGUGAUGCUAUUGCCAAUGCUGAUGCUUCUGCAAGUGGUGAAGCAAAAAUGACAGAUGGUGAUGAAACUGCGGAGGCGAUGAAAGUUCAAGCUUAACGCUGUUUCAGAGAGCAUACUGGGUGGAUGUCACAAAAUAGUUAGGAAAUCGCGUUCAGUCAAUUGUGAAAGAGUUGCUGCAACUCAGCAGACUUUCUUAGGUAGAAACGUUACGAUGCUCGAGUUAUAUACAUGGUGGCUGGUGCUGAUAUUUCAUUUCAUAACUAUUGAAAUUCAAUUUUGUAUAAAUUGCUUCUUGUAUGAUCCCUUUUUCUCAUGUUGAAAUCUGUUGCAGAAAUUUCAUGCAGUUUUCUGAAACCAUAAUAAACCAUUUCUGCUCUUUAGAACACGGAUCAUCUUGCAGUAAUGCUCUACUUGUAGAUGUAUUAAUGCUAGACUGAAUCAUGUUUUGUUCUGGAUAUGAACAGAGGUGGGUUUAUAAAGUUGUAAUUUCCAUUUCAAAUGUGAUAAUUUUGACAGAUUAAAAUUACAAA